AUGAGUAGAUCUCUCUCAAAGAGUGGAGGAGUACUCCAACAACUCCAACAGCAACAACAGCAACAGCAACAGCAACAACAACAAUCACAGAUGGAUUCAAGUUUGAAGACAAUAUCAUUAUCACGCGAGGAGUUUGAAAGACAAAAGUCACUGCACGACCUACGCGAUGAAUACGAGCGCAAGAUCUCAGCAAUCGUGUCAUGUCUCCAGGAGAAAUCCGAAGAGAACAUUGACCUCCACGCAAAGGUCGGUCGUCUGCAGUCGACUCUGGAGCAGCGUGAUCGCGACACAAACAAGGUGAUCGAGGGCCUGCACGAGAUCAUCUCGCACAAGGACGAGGAGAUGGGCGUCGAGCGUCGCAAGACGUCCGAGCUCACACGUCGCCUCGACUCAAUGAGCGAGCUGUUCAAUGAGAUGGCCGACGACAAUGUCAAGCUGCGUACAAUCCUCGAGGAGACGCGCAAUCGCAUGAUUCAAGCACAGAAGGAGGUCAACAACGAGGUGGCCAAGGCCGUCAAGAAGUCACAAUCCGUCGCGCAGGACCGCAUUACCCAGCUGCAGGCGCAAGUCGCGCAGCUCCAAGCACAAGUCUCACACCAGCCCACCAGCAACAAGUUGUUGUCUGGCAUUACAAAGUUGGUCAACGCCACUACAGGUCACGGCAAAGACAGCAAUAGCAACGGAAACAGCAAUGGGACAGCGACAUCAACAACAUCAACAUCAACAACUUCAUCACCAAAGAAGGGCACAACACUCACACCACCAACGCAAUCACCAACAACAACUACAGUCGACUCACCACCUACACCGAUGGCGUCUGCCAGCAGCUCAGACCGCCUCACAUUGUUUGGCAACCAGCAGUCGACAUUUACAACGCACGAGCAGAUGAUGGAUAUAUGCAUGGAGGAGAUCGAGCGUAAUGAGAUGAGGAUGGGCCUGGACCACUUGCUCGAGACAGACGAUCGCUGGAUUGCCAAGUACCGCGAGGCCUCCCAACGUGCAGUCACUCGCUCUCUCUUUACAAAGAUACUGGACAAGUUUGAAGUGGACUCGGUCAAGGCGGCCGAGUCGAUCGAGCGUCUGCGAGCACAUCUGUUGAGUCUGGAGACGAGGAAUGAUGAUCUGGUGCGCGAGCAGGACACGACUGCCGCCAAGCUGAAAGAGGGCCAGGACACUGUGUUCAAGGAGAGACAGCGUGGCGAUGCGUUCAGGGACAGUGCCGUGGAGUACGAGCGUAGGAUCAAGGACAUGGAGACAAGAAACAGCGAUAACCUCAGCAAGGAGAGUCAGAGACGUCAAGAUGCCGAGUACAAUGCCAAGAGAAUGAAGAAGAAGAUUGAAGAGUUGGAGUUUUUGCUUGAGGAGCUGCGAGAUGACGACUCCGAGUCCAGCUCAGAAGUGUCAGACAGCGACAGUGACAGCGACAGUGAUGGCGAGAAGGAAGACAAGGUGGUUGGUGACGACAAGGUGGAGGAGCAUGUUGAUAAUGUACAAAUGAAGAUUGAGGAAGAUGAUGAUGACGAUGAGGAUGACGAUGAGGAUGACGAUGAUGAGGAGGUCGUGGUCGCGGUCGUCGAGGUGGCGAUCAAACAUGAAGAGCCAGAGAUAGUCAAGAAGGAGGAGGCAGUUGUGGAAGAGAAGGAAGAGGUCCAAACAGUCAUUGUACAGAUAGUAGAGAAGGAGGAGGAGCCACUGCCACAUCCUCAGCCAGAGCCAAAGGAACAGCCACAGCCACAACAACAAGAGCAGGAGGAUGAUAUCAAGGUCGCAGCGUCCAGGGUUGGAGACACACCCCUGUCAGCUGCAAGCGAUACAUCAGCUGGUGACACUGUAGUGGCAGUGAUCAAUGAUGUAACAUCACAAGUAUCUGGAUCAUCACCAACCAAUCAUGAAUCACCAGUUGAAGUAUCACCUGGAACUCAAUCACCGCCCCCACCACCUUCACCUCCACUGGAAGUAUCGCCAGAGUCUAAAUCCCCGCGGCUGCCACAGCCACAACAGCAAUCAUCUCCAUCUCCAUCAACACAAUCACCAUCACAAUCACCAACAUCAUCACCAUCAGUCUCACCUCAAUCACAUUCCCCAACCAAGGAGUCACCAUCGCUGGAACCAUUGUCAGCUGCUACAUCUACAUCGACACAGCCAAUGCCCACUACCCGACAACAACAACUACUUCAGAAUAGAUCGAUCAGUACAGCUAGCUUUGGAAGCAAUAGUAGUGGUGGUGGAUCAAUUAACAACUCACCUGGACUCAAGCCCACAAGGACAGUCAGUUCCAGUCGUCUUAGCAUUGGCGGCAUCAGCUCACUCUUGAAGAAGACUGGAUUGGGUGGACACAAGGACACACACGAUGACAAAGAUAAAGAGAAAGAGAAGGAGAAAGACAAAGAAAGAGAGAAAGAGGAAAAGAAACAACGAGAGAAGGAGGAAAAGGAAAGAGAGAGGCGCGAGAAGGAGGAGCGCAAGUUGAAGGAAAAAGAGGACAAGGAGCGAGAGAAGCGUGAGAAGGAGGAGCUCAAGAAAGGAAAGUCCAGGAAGGACUCCUAG